UUGUGCUCUGCAGCCCCUGCGUGCACUUGCUCCUGCUGACACCUCUGCUGACCGCUGCACACGCCAGCUCCGUGCCUGGGAAGGUGCUGAAUGGAGGUGGUCUUGCUGGCCCGGAGCCUGACGUGUCUCUCCCUUGCUUUUCAGAUGUCAUAAGAAUUUGGGACAGUGUGUCCCAGUACAUGCUCCAGCAGUUUACACUGAAAAAGGGUGUGGCCGUAGAUGUGCUUGGCGUUUUCUACAUACUGAGGAAUCACAGCAGCAAGGUGAACAGGGACAUGGUUGUGCCCAGGUUUCACCUGUCGGAGAGGGUCGCACAGGUGCAGGGGCUCAGCUACACCAGCAGCAACAUCCCUGAUUAUAUCAAAGUUGUCCCCCUGGACUAUUCUCAAUUGUCACAACAGACAUCCAUUCCCGAGAAGCUGGUGAAGGAGUGUGUGAAUGACAUUGUGGUACUCUUCAGCUGGGGUGCCGGACUGGGGGAGGAUUACGACCUUGUUUUCAAGGGCAUCGGUUCUCUGAUGAGCCGAAACAAGAUCCUCACAAUGAGAUACCGCCGAGAGUUUCUCCUCGCCAUUGAUGGGACUGGAACUCUCUUGGAAUAUCUGCUCUCUAACCCAUGGACAAAGAUUUGCGUGCUAUCAGGCAAAGAACCUGACCCUUUCCACGUGCGUCCCAGUGGGAUCCGCGUGCUUCCAGCGUUUAAGAUUAAGCUACCCCCUGGCAGAGAAGCUGAAGAGCUUUCCUCCACUGAGCGAGACAAUGAGAAAGAAAAGGGGUCUUCUUUCCCAGGGGCAGGCAGCCCUCAGGCUAAGCAUCUCAAGCACCAAAAGAAACGUCCACUGAGCAGCCUGAAAGUGGCGAAGGACAAGAAAGGGCAACAGGACAGUAUAAGGAAGACUCUGGACAACAAUGAGUUUAGCAUACUGUUAGCCAACCUGCGGACAAACUAUGAGGCUGAAAAACAGGCAAUCUUGGCAGAAGACCUGGCUAAGGAGAGAGAGAGUGAAGGGCAUCUUCCCAAGAAGCCCCUGCUGCCCCAAAGGAGGCUUUCCCUCGUGAAGCUUCCUGUGCCGAAACCAGAGGACGGAUGGGGAGAGCAAGCUGCAGGAGACAAGCCCCCUGAGAGGUCUGAGCCCAGCAAAGGACCAUCUGCCACUCUGGGGCUGCUCCAACGCCCCCAUGGAAAAGAAGGCAUAGGGCAUCCUCCCAGGAAGCCCCUGCUGCCUCAAAGGAGGCUUUCCCAGGGGACGCUUCCUAUGCUGAAACUAGAGGACGGACAGGGAGAGCAAGCUGUGGAAGUCAAGUCCCCUGAGAGUGUGCUACCAGCCAUUGAGAGGGACAAUUCAAAGGAGGGCAAGAACAAAAUGGCACACUGCAUCAGGAGGAAAACUGAAAUCCCUGCCUGCAAAGGCCAUCAGAGAGUAGGACAGGAGGUCUGCUACCUGUGCAUGCAGCAAGAGGAACAAACUGUGUGGGCAGCCCUGCUGAAGCAGAAGGAAGAGCAAGAAAGGGCUGAGUGGGCAGAACUGCAGGCCUGGCAGGCCAGGAUGGCAGCGCUGCGCGCCCAGAGAGCACGUGCUGCACGGAAGCUGGAGAUUGCUAAAAUACCCAAAACAGAGAAAAGAGAAUACAACAACGAUGACCUGGUAAGAAGUUUAUAAAAAGAAAAUGAGGUCCCCAGCAGGUAACUGCUUUGUCUCAGCUGUGCCACCUGGGAAACGCAGCGAGCCCCUGCUCUGACCCUGGCACCUCCAUGGGGACUUGCAGCGGUGAUUCUCCAAAGUCCCCCAGCACAUCUGCAGUGUCCCUGAUGCAGUCCCCCACUGGGAUGGUGCUUCUGGGCACACUCAUUUGCCCGCUGCUUGAUAAGCCUCUCUCUCUCUCCAGAGAUCCUACUGGUCC